GCUGCGAAGCAGCCCAACUUCCACGCCGCGGGGCAGCCUUCGCUCCUCUGGACGCCGUGGCGGUGCGCUGAGGAGCCCUGGGGACUGACAUCCCUUGCCGGGAAGGAACUGAAGUUACUCUUGGUCUUCUACACGAAUAUUCGUUAGUCAUUCUGGAGAUGGACUUGCUGUUUGGAACCUACCUCUUGGCAGUCUUAUUAGCCUGUAUUAUAUUUCAGUCUGGCGCACAGGAGAAGAAUUACACCGUGCGGGAAGAACUGCCUGAAAAUGUCCUGAUUGGCAAUUUGCUGAAAGAUCUUAACUUAACACUGGAUCCAGAUGUGCCCCUUUCCUCACCACUUCAAUUCAAGCUUGUGUAUAAGACUGGGGAUGUACCAUUAAUUCGGGUGGAGGAAAACACUGGUGAGAUAUUCACUACUUCAAACCGGAUAGACCGGGAGAAACUGUGUUCUGGCAUCUUCAGUGAGAACCGCUGCUUUUAUGAGGUGGAGGUUGCUGUUUUGCCUGAUGAAGUCUUCAGACUGGUCAAGAUCAGAUUCCUAAUAGAGGAUAUAAAUGACAAUGCACCUCUCUUCCCCUCAACAGUUAUUAACAUCUCUAUCCCUGAAAACACAGCGAUUAACUCUCGCUAUUCUGUUCCCUCUGCCAUUGAUCCUGACAUUGGUGUGAAUGGUAUUCAGCAUUAUGAACUCCUUAAGCCCAAAACAACUCCGAAAAGGACCUUUGGAUCCAUUACUAAUGAUCAGGGUCAAAAUGUAUUUGGUCUUGAUAUAAUUGAGACACCUGAGGGAGAUAAGUGGCCUCAACUGAUUGUCCAACAGAUCCUGGAUAGGGAGCAGAAGGAUACGUACGUGAUGAAGAUUAAAGUUGAAGAUGGUGGAACUCCUCCAAGAUCCAGCACUGCCAUUCUACAAGUCACUGUGACUGAUGUGAAUGAUAAUCGCCCAGUCUUUAAGGAGAAUGAUGUUGAAGUUAGUAUUCCAGAAAAUGCUCCAGUAGGUACUUCGGUUUCUCAGCUCCAUGCCACUGAUGCAGACCUUGGCUCAAAUGCACAAAUUCACUUCUAUUUCAGCAAUCAGAUCUCCAGUUUGGCUAAAAGGCUGUUUGCCAUUGAUAAUGCUACUGGUCUAAUUACCAUACGAGAACCGCUAGACAGAGAGGAAUCCCCUGUACACAAAUUAAUUGUUUUGGCAAGUGAUGGCAGUUCAACUCCAUCAAGAGCAACAGUGACUGUUAAUAUCACAGAUAUUAAUGACAAUGUCCCAUCAAUAGACACAAGAUACAUCAUCAAUCCGGUGAAUGGAACAGUGCUUUUAUCCGAGAAAGCUCCACUUAAUACAAAAAUUGCAUUGAUAACAGUAAUGGACAAGGAUUCUGAUCUGAAUGGAAAAGUUACUUGUUUUACAGAUCACGAUGUUCCAUUUAGAUUAAAGCCAGUUUUUGAUAAUCAGUUUCUUCUAGAGACAGCCACAUUUCUUGACUAUGAAGCCACAAGGGAAUAUGCUAUUAAAAUAGUGGCUUCAGAUUCAGGGAAGCCUCCCUUAAAUCAGUCUGCUAUGCUUUUGAUCAAAAUUAAAGAUGAAAAUGACAAUGCCCCAGUUUUUACACAGCCUAUCAUAGGUCUUUCCAUCCCUGAAAACAAUGCUCCUGGUACACAGCUAACCAAGAUAAGUGCUACAGAUGCUGACAGCGGACGCAAUGCUGAGAUCAGCUAUAUCCUGGGUCCUGAUGCACCCCCUAUUUUCAACCUUGAUCGCCGUACAGGCAUUCUGACAGCAGUGAGAAAGCUGGACCGGGAAAAGCAAGACAGGUACUCCUUCACUGUACUGGCUAAGGAUAAUGGGAUGCCACCUUUGCAGACCAAUGCUACUGUGACAGUGUCAGUCCUGGACCAGAAUGACAACAGCCCUGCUUUCACUCACAAUGAAUAUAAUUUCUAUGUGCCAGAAAACUUACCCAUGUAUGGUACAGUGGGGCUUAUCACAGUUACAGAUGCUGACUCUGGUGAGAAUGCUGCAGUAACUCUCUCAAUAUUAAAUGGUAGAGACAAUUUUAUUAUUGAUCCACUUACUGGUGUAAUAAGACCUAAUAUUACCUUUGAUAGGGAACAGCAGGGGUCAUAUACUUUUCAGGUGAAAGCUGUGGAUGGAGGAAGAGUGCAGCGCUCUUCGACUGCCAAAGUGACUAUCAAUGUUGUUGAUGUAAAUGACAACAGGCCCGUUUUUGUUAUUCCUUCAUCUAAUUAUUCAUAUGAUUUGGUUCCAACAUCAGCAAGUCCAGGCUCUGUAGUUACUAAAGUCUUUGCAGUUGAUAAUGACACAGGAAUGAAUGCAGAGCUCCGUUACAGCAUCAUAGGUGGGAACUCAAGGGGCUUAUUUACAAUUGAUCAAUUAACAGGCAAUAUUACUUUGAAGGAGAAAGUAAUUAUGUCAGAUCAUGGCUUGCAUAGACUGGUGAUAAAAGUCAGUGACCUAGGACAGCCAGAGUCUCUCUAUACUAUAGCUCUUGUGCAUUUAUUUGUGAAUGAGACAGUCACCAAUAGUUCCUAUGUUCAAGAGCUAGUGCGCAGGAAUAUGGAAACUCCAGUUGGCCAGAAUGUUGGGGAUGGUGAGAUAACCCCACAGACAAAUGAUUAUGUCAAGAUCAUCAUUGCAAUUAUUGCAGGCACAAUGACAGUUAUCCUGGUAAUUUUUGUUACUGCUUUAGUACGAUGCCGCCAGACACCCAGGCACAAGGUUGUCCAGAAAAACAAGCAGAGUGGUGAAUGGGUUUCUCCAAACCAAGAGAACAGGCAGAUCAAGAAGAAGAAGAAGAAGAAGAAGCGUUCUCCAAAAAGUCUCCUCCUCAACUUUGUGACAAUUGAAGAAUCCAAGCCUGAUGAUCCUGGCCACGAGCACAUAAAUGGCACUUUAGACAUUCCUGUAGAACUAGAAGAACAGACUAUGGGAAAAUAUAACUGGGCCACCACACCAACCACAUUUAAGCCAGAUAGCCCAGAUUUAGCAAAGCACUACAAGUCUGCUUCUCCACAGCCUACCUUUCAAAUUAAACCUGAGACUCCUGUACCCCCUAAGAAGCACCAUGUCAUUCAGGAACUGCCUCUAGAUAACACCUUUGUGGUGGGCUGCGACUCGCUCUCCAAGUGCUCAUCAAGCAGCUCGGACCCUUACAGUGUUUCUGAAUGCAGCUGUCAAGGAGGCUUUAAGACCCCAGGCCCCAUACACACCAGACAGCUCUGAACGUCAUCGCAUCCGAUGUUAUAUACUGAAGUCGUACGUGUACACAAUGAUGUUAAGCCAGCAAACAUGAAAACAAGGAAAUAGCACGAGAAAGCCCUUUGUCCUGUCUCUGAUUGCCGAAGAAUUUUAUCGUCUGAUCUCCAGAGGGGUUUGGAAGUGACGAUGAACUGUUCAAGCUGCCCUACUGAAAGGUAUCAAGGGCAAGAAUUUUUUAAAAAAAGAAAGACAAAGAGACUUUAGUACAUUGUGCUACAGUGUUCUAUAAUGUAGUUUUGCUAAGAAAAAAGUAACGUGACCCAUCAGUCUUCAUAGUUGGCGAUUAUGGUAAAUCUUUUGCUUUCUCAUUUUGCUUCUAAUCAUCAUCU